AUGUUUACGAUAAUAAUUAAAAUAUAAAUUAUUUGAAUUAAAUAUUUAUUAUUAAAAAGUACAAGAAAUCAUUAAAAAAGACAACAUAUAUAUAGGUUCAACAAUGAGCAUUAGAAUAUUUUUCCCACAAAUGAUCAACUAAUGCAUUUCGUAAUGAAAAAUGAGCUUCUUUAUUUUUGAUAUUCCUAAAUCGAGCAAGAAAAUUUUGAAAGCAGACAUUUUCAUCUUUUGCAAUUUCGAUAUCUGGAGGUGGAGCUUCUCUUCCAAGUUCAAUUGGUGCAUCAUUUAUUUAAAACUAUUAAAUAAUCUUUUGUGGAAUAUACUAUUUUCAUGUUAUUGUAUCAUUUUAAAUAUUAUUUAAGUAAAAAAUAGAAACAUUAAAGAUUCAAAGGACCAUUUAUAAAUAAAAAAAGUUCAACUCCAAAAUGGAGUAAUGGGUAAGAUUACUCCAUAAAUGGAGUAACCCUAGCCAUUACUCCAUUUUCAACUCCAAAAUGGAGUGAGAUUGGAGAAGAUUUUACUCCAUAAUGAUGUUUGGAGUUGAAAAUGGAGUAGGGUUGGAGAUGCCCUAAACGGUUCAAAAUGGUGAUAAUAAAAUUGUUAGAUGUCAAGCUUCGUAAGAAAUAUAUUGUCAGUUGUAAAGGGGUUUAUAUAAUAUUUUUUAUAAUUUGUAAUUAGAUAAUAAAUCAGUGUAAAAAACCUUUCAAUGUAAUCCGAUUUGCAAUGACUACUGGUAAUUGAUGACUAUACAUAUAAACUACCUAAACUGGAAAAUACAGUUGCCUAUGGAGAGUUAAAAUCGUUUAAACUGGAAACUUACCGUUGACUUGUUGUAGCAGUUGAACUACAAAAAGAAAAGAGGAAAAAAAAAAAAAAAAACAGAGCAACGAAUCCAACAUCACCAACAAACACACAAACUGUGUGUCUUCUUGUCUUGUCCUCUCUUCUGCUCUUCUCUUGAUCCUAGAGAAUGGCUCUGAACACUGCGUCUUCCGAAGAAUUUAGUUUUCCAUUGCUUGCUUCCCAAGAUUCUUCCCAAACUUCCGGCUCCGAUUCACCUCCAUUGUGGAAACACUCGCCGGAGAAAACCCGCCUAGGAUAUGACGACGGGAGAUUAAUCAUCGGAAGAUACAACGAUGAUGACGGUCAGAGGAAGAGCUUCUCUUAUGUGGAAACGAGAAGUCUUUGGAACGUUAAUGCAGAGGAGAAAAUGGAUAUGUUGUGGGAAGAACUCAACGAAGAAGCACCGCCUCCGCCGAGAAGCCAGAGUCUCAGGAUCGAUCUCGGCGGAGAUAAGAGAUCGUCUUUGUUUCCCGACGAGAGCUCCGCCGUGGGAUGCGGUAUGAAGUUGACAAAGAAGAGACCGUCAACAAAGAUGAAGAUGAGUACGAACGUGUUGGUGUUGAUGAGGGUACUGAAGAAGAUUCUUGUUAUUCGGAGUUCGUCUCAGAGAUCACCGGCGAAAACUAAUCCACCGUGAUCUCACCGUGAUAACUUUAGAUUGAGGGGUUUUUAUAUACAAUUCAUAAAUUACGGGGCUUUUGUUGAGGAACAAAAAAAUAAUAGCCUGAAAAAAAAUUACAUUUGUAGUUUGAUUGGUUCACAACAGUUAAUUUUCGAGACCUGGGAGGGGUUGAACUGAGUAAUGGGAUAUUGAAUAAAAGAUUCAACAAUUGAAUUCUUACAAUAAAAGUGUUGAAAAAUGAAAUUUGAUGAUAUGGAUUAAUUGGCGUUGAAAAGAUUCAACAUGUUGAAUAAUGAAGACCAACGACGACACAUGUCACUUUUUAAAGAUUUUUGAUAUUUUGAUAUUCUCUUAGUUAUUUAAAACUAAUUAAUUUCAUUAUAAAUUAAAUAAUUUGUUUUUAUUUCUUAUACUAAAAUUUAUAUUUUUUAAUUAUCUACAAAUAGAGGCUAGGUUUAUUUAAUUUGGAUAUAGAAAAAAAUAUUUAUUAAUUAAUAAAAUAGAAUGUUGAAUUUUAUUUAACAAAACCAUUGUAGUGGAUAAAAAUUUAAUGUGUGUUGAAUGAUGAUGAGUAAGAAAGAGAAUAUGAUAUUGAGUGUUAAAAAAUAAAGUGGAAGAUGUUGAAUCUUGAAACCAUUGUAUAUAGUCUAAGGAUAGAGUGUUAGAAUAGGAGAGUGAAAUGGUUAUUUAUCAUUUUACCGCUAGAAAACUUUGAAACAUUCAAUUUGUGUUGAUUUGAUAUUUUUGCCCCAUCCAAAUCAUUCGAAUUUCAUUCUCUGUGAAAUUACAUCUGGAAUGUAAGCUUUGUCCUUACCCACACAGUGGAUCUCCAAAAAUCAAUUUGGAUUCCAGAACAGAAACUUCACACCAGAAAAAACGAUAUCAAAAGCCCUUGUUAAUGCGCGCGAAUGGAAGUUGCGCAACCGCCACCGAUCACUUCACAUUCACCUCCGAAGCCUUUGAUGAGAUCGGAACCAAGGCCUAAUUGUGAUGAUUUGACCCCAAUCUUCACGGAUGCAGCAUGGAAUUCCACGACUGGAAAUGCAGGGCUUGGUUGGAUCAUUGAUGAUCCGGCUUCUCCAUCACACCAUCAAGCGACUGCUACCUUCGUAGCAUCGCUCCUUUUAGCGGAAUCUUUGGCAGUUCAUGCUGCUAUAACCUCUGCUCUCUCUCGUGGAAUGGAGUCCAUCCAAAUAUUUUCAGAUUCGCAAGUACUGAUCAAUACAAUCAACCGUAGAAGCAUGAAUCUGGAGAUCUUUGGCGUUCUUUAAGAUAUCUACCUCUUUUCCUCUUCUUUUAAGGCUAUUAAAUUUAAAUUUAUCGCUAGAUCUAAAAAUACCCAAGCUGAUUCUCUGGCUAAACAAGCCCUUUGGGCCCUAAACUCUUUUAUUAAUUAAGCUAAUGAAAAGCCCAGUUUGAACAAAAAAAAAAGCUUUGUCCUUACCCUCUGACAGAUCCAGAGGUUUUGAUCUUGGAAUAGUCAGAACCCUCUGAAUCAUAGAGAAGGUCUGAAGAUCAUUCGUCUACGUUAAUCUGAAGAACAAAAAAAAAAGCUGAUUGAUUUCUUUCUAAAUCUGAAUCCUCAAAAUCAAAUCUUCAGAUCGUUGAAGAUGGAUUAAGCCCGCGGUUAAACUUCCGAUGUUGCAUUCGGUGAUGGCUCCGACACGGAACCUAAUCAGAGACGAAGAGCUCGGAGCGAUCUCAGACGACGACGAUUCGCCAUCUGGAAAACGAUCAAAGCUCGAUCGGUUCCCUCUCAGCCGAUGGGAACUCGCGGUGUCUCUCGGCGUCUUCCUUGUCUUCUCCUCGGGGCUCUUCUGCAUCUACAUCACCAUGCCCGCUGCUGAAUUCGGCAAGCUCAAGCUCCCUAGAAGCAUCUCUGAUCUCCGCUUGCUCAAAGACAAUCUAGCAAACUACGCGAAUGAGUACCCGGCGCAGUUCGUUUUAGGGUACUGUGCCACCUACAUUUUCAUGCAGACCUUCAUGAUUCCUGGGACUAUCUUCAUGUCGCUUCUAGCUGGAGCUCUCUUCGGGGUUAUCAAAGGUGUUAUCUUGGUUGUUUUCAACGCAACAGCUGGAGCUACUUGUUGUUUCUUUCUCUCUAAGUUGAUCGGCAGGCCGUUGAUCACUUGGCUAUGGCCUGACAAAUUAAGAUUCUUUCAGGCUGAGAUUGGUAAGCGUAGAGAUAAGCUUCUGAACUAUAUGUUGUUUCUGAGGAUAACACCAACACUGCCGAAUCUAUUCAUCAAUUUGGCUUCUCCCAUAGUCGAUGUACCUUUUCAUGUCUUCUUUUUGGCGACAUUGGUCGGUCUCAUUCCCGCAGCUUAUAUAACCGUCAGGGCUGGCCUUGCUAUUGGAGAUCUCAAAUCGGUGAAGGAUCUGUAUGAUUUCAAGACGUUGUCAGUGCUUUUCCUCAUCGGUUUUAUCUCCAUACUUCCAACAAUACUGAAAAGAAAGAAGAUAUAUGAGUAAACCAAGGAGUAGUAUUUUUACAAUACACAGGGUGGCUUAACUUUUGGAUGCCAUAAAAGCCUGACAGAGUCAAGAGUACAUUUCUUAACUGAAUACAGAACACAACAAUGUUGAUUCGCUUAUAGUUCUUUUUUGGUGAGUAUAAUUAAGAGAGUACAGAAUCAAUACAUUUUUGUUGCCCAUUUCACAAGAUAUCUUGCUGAUACAGAUUUGAUUUUUGAUUAUUAUCA